CUAGUUAGUGUUUAGGUCAGUGCAGUUGUUGGUUUGUUCAUAAAACACAGUCACAGAGUAAGCUUCAAAACCCUCAUUGAAGGCGAAUUCAAUUUCUUCAACUGGUUGAAGAAUUUGAAAACUUUCAAGAUGUUGGCUAGUCAUCCUGAAAAACGAAUAUCAUUCAAUCGAUUAAUUCGUAACGGCGAUUUGGUUAUUGUUUAUGAAAGACAUGACAAUAUGAAGGCUGUAACGGUGUCUGAGGGUUCGGUCUUGCAGAACCGUUUUGGUGUUUUUAAACAUUCAGAUUGGAUUGGAAAGCCUUUUGGGUCUAAAGUAUUCAGCAGUAAGGGUGGUUUUGUUUACUUGUUAGCUCCCACACCAGAAUUAUGGACUCUGGUGUUAAGUCAUAGGACUCAAAUUCUCUAUAUUGCGGAUAUUAGUUUUGUUAUAAUGUACUUGGAGAUUGUUCCUGGUUGUUUGGUUCUUGAAUCUGGAACUGGAAGUGGGUCUUUAACUACUUCACUUGCUAGGGCAGUUGCACCUACAGGACAUGUCUACACAUUCGAUUUUCAUGAACAAAGAUCUGCAUCAGCUAGGGAUGAUUUUGAGAGAACAGGUUUAAGUAACUUGAUCAGUUGUGGAGUUAGGGACAUUCAGGGCGAGGGAUUUCCUGAUGAAUUUACUGGCUUGGCUGAUUCUGUAUUUUUGGAUCUACCUCAACCUUGGUCGGCUAUUCCUUCAGCUGCAAAAAUGCUUAAACAAGAUGGCACAUUGUGCUCGUUCUCUCCAUGCGUUGAGCAAGUUCAACGAUCAUGUGAUGUACUUCAGUCCCGCUUCACAGAUAUAAGGACAUUUGAGGUACUGUUACGCACAUAUGAAAUUCGAGAAGGGCAAAUGGAAAGCUUUCGUGGAGAUGACAAUGGUUCUAAUGGUUCUAUUCCUUGCAAGAGGAGACAAUGUUCAGAUGGAAACUAUGUUCUCAGCAAUCCAACGUCGUCUUCUGUAAUGGUUAGACCUUGUGGUGAAGCUCGAGGUCACACCGGCUAUUUGACAUUUGCAAGACUUAAAUGCUUUACAUGACAAGUGCUGCUAUCAUGUCCUUCAUUUUUUGUAGUAGAGGAAAAACUUAGUAUUUUUUGUAUCUUUUCAAUUUUGAGCAUCAUGCAAGAAAUUGUUGUUCGUUAUAAUCAUCAAUUUUGAUAGGAAUAUUUUGUAUGUCAUAUGUGUUUGGCUACAAAUAUACCUGAGAAAGUACUAAAUAGCGUGGAAGUUAUUUGCACAAAUUAUAUGUGACAUUUCACAAUUAAUUUUAUUCAUUUGCCAUGUAUUCUUACCAGCAGUGUGAUUGAUUUAUGUUAUUAGCAGUUUCUUGGUA